AGAAAGCUCAUGAAGCCCCGCCCCAUCGGUGACCGGGGCAGCCGGAAGGGAGCAUGGCGGCCGCGGGAGCCGCGGCUACGGACCUAGAGGUGGUCCGAGGCAAGCGUGCCGCGCUUUUCUUCGCCGCGGUGGCCAUCCUUCUGGGACUGCCGCUCUGGUGGAAGACGACGGAGACCUACCGGGCUCCAUUGCCUUACUCAGAGAUCAGUGGGCUGAAUGCUCUGCAGCUCCGGCUUAUGGUGCCAGUCACAGUUGUGUUUACUCGGGACUCUAUUCCCCUGGACGACCAGGAGAAACUACCCUUCACCGUUGUGCAUGAGCGAGAGAUCCCUCUGAAAUACAAAAUGAAAAUCAAGUGUCGAUUCCAGAAGGCCUACCGGAGAGCUUUGGAGCACGAGGAGGAGGCACUGUCACUGGGCAGUGUGCAUGAGGCCGAAGCCAUGUUAGCUGAGCCAGAGAAGCAAGCAGAGGGCUCUCUGACUGUGUACGUGAUCUCGGACCACUCCUCCCUUCUUCCCCAGGACAUAAUGAGCUACAUUGGGCCUGAGAGGAUGGCAGUUGUCCGGGGGAUGAUCCACCGGGAAGCCUUCAACAUCAUCGGCCGUCGAAUAAUCCAAGUAGCCCAGGCCAUGUCUUUGACAGAGGAUGUGCUUGCUGCUGCUUUGGCCGACCACCUCCCCGAGGACAAGUGGAGCUCUGAUAAGAGGCGGCCACUCAAGUCCAGCUUAGGCUAUGAAAUCACUUUCAGUUUACUCAACCCAGACCCUAAGUCCCAUGAUGUCCACUGGGACAUUGAGGGGGCUGUCCAGCGCUAUGUACAGCCUUUCCUGAAUCGCCUCAGUGCUGCGGGAAAUUUCUCUGUGGACUCUCAGACCCUUUACUAUGCCAUGUUGGGAGUGAACCCCCGCUUUGACCCAGCCUCAUCCAGCUACUCCCUGGCUAUGCACAGCCUCCCCCACGUUAUCAACCCAGUGGAGUCCCGGCUGGGGUCCAGUGCUGCCUCCCUGUACCCUGUGCUCAACUUUCUACUCUAUGUGCCGGAGCUCGCUCACUCCCCCCUGUACAUUCAGGACAAGGAUGGCGCUCCAGUGGCCACCAAUGCUUUCCACAGUCCCCGCUGGGGUGGCAUUAUGGUAUACAAUGUUGAUCCGAAAAUCUAUAACGCUUCGGAGCUGCCAGUGAGAGUUGAGGUGGACAUGGUGCGGGUGAUGGAGGUGUUCCUGGCUCAGCUGAGGCUGCUCUUUGGGAUUGCUCAGCCCCAGGUGCCUCCAAAAUGCCUGCUCUCGGGACCAAAGAGUGAAGGACUCAUGACCUGGGAGCUGGACCGAUUGCUCUGGGCUCGCUCAGUGGAGAACCUGGCCACAGCCACCACCACCCUCACCUCCCUGGCCCAGCUUCUGGGCAAGAUCAGCAACAUUGUCAUCAAGGACGAUGUGGCUUCUGAGGUAUAUAGGGCCGUGGCUGCAGUCCAGAAGGCGGCAGAGGCGUUAGCCCUUGGGCACCUGUCAUCCGCCUUUGCUGCCAGCCAGGAAGCUGUGACCUCCUCUGAGCGCGCCUUUUUUGAUCCCUCACUCCUCCACCUCUUGUAUUUCCCCGAUGACCAGAAGUUUGCCAUCUACAUCCCCCUCUUCCUGCCUAUGGCUGUGCCCAUCCUCCUGUCCCUGGGCAAGAUCUUUCUGGAAACUCACAAGUCCUGGAAAAAGCCUGAGAAGAUAGACUGAUAUGGGCAGCAUGUCAGAGGGAGCCCUACUCUCCAGCCACAAUGGGAGGUGUUGGGCUGAGAGGCCAAGGCGAGGCCUGAGGCCUGCUGCUGAUGACUUGUCUUCACUCUCGCCCAUGGGCUCUCCACAGAUGGUUCUCCCCAUAGGCUCAUCUUGCUUCCUUUCCUAGUCCUCUAGCUCUGCUCCUCCAUGCCUAGAAGCUUCAGAAGGCACUCUUCUGGAUCUCCAUAUCUGGCUCGAACUUAAAGCCUUUGCCUGCCUACCUCUGGACAGGGGUACCUUGUCCUUCCAGCCUGUCAGCACAGCAUAUGUGUGCACUGAGAGGUGAAUUUAGGGGAAUCCUUGGGUUGAAUUGUAGCCCCAUCCUCUCCACUUCUGAGACCAUCUCCCUCCUUCCUCAGCUUCCUGACUGGUGUCACCCACUGGGGACAGCCUUGGUCUUGGAGACAGUGGCUUAGGACCAGCUCUUCUGCCUGGUGGCUAAGGCUCCCCUCUACCCUUCAGAGAGGUAGUGUGGAACAGGAGAAACCAUUUCUGACUUGGAACCCAGCAGCCUGAACCACACUCUGGCUUCUGCACCUACAGACUGGGGAGCGUUAGAUAAGCCGCUCCUCACCCAGCCUCAGGUUUUCAUCUGUGGGAAAGCACUGAUGACAUCGCCCGCCCUCAGAACGGGGUUGGAUUAAGUGUGAUAAGUGUGUAUGAGUGAUCUGUAUAUUGGGCUCUUUAAAAAUAUACAUUAGGCUGUUAAUAAACAUUGGUUGACUAUGAGUUGA